CGUCAGAAUCCAAACACAUGCCACCCAGAGCAUAAAGGUAAAAAUGUCAAAACAGUACCUUACUGUCCACAACCUCGACAAUGCGCACCCAACUGACAUCUUCUGCCUCGCCCCGACAAGGACGUCCAUAAUUUCUGCCUCGGGCGCGUCGUCGCUUCUCGUGCACUCAACUCAAUCCCACGAGUUCCCGCUGCAGCAGACGCUCGAGAAUGCACACAAGCUCGGCUGCCAUCACGUAACCACAUCCGCGGACGGUCGGGUCGCCGCGUCUGCCGGAUUCGGCGGGGAAGUCAAAAUAUGGCGGUGCGAAGUCAGCGAGGAAGGCGUUGUCACCGGCAAGUGGGCAGAGCUGGGCAAGCUGCCUCUGGAGCCGAAGGCCGGCGAGGCGUGGGCGCUCAGCCUGGACGAGGACGGCCGGUAUCUCGCUUCGUCGAGUUACGAUGGACGCAUCGGCGUCUGGGAUCUCUCUCUUGGACCGGAUGCCUGGGCGAAGGUGAGGGAGUAUGAGACCAAGGGCAGUUUUGGCCUGUGUGUGGCCAUAAGCGCCGAUGGCAAACUGACGGCAAGCGGUCAUGAGAAUGGAGGCGUUUAUGUGUUCAAAAAUGAAGUGGGAAAGAUGGCGCACUCGCUCGUGGGAUUGGUCAGGCCGGUGAGGGCCGUCGCCUUCUCCCCCUUGGGAACGCUUCUUGCAGCGGCUGGCGACUCGCUGCUCAUCUCACUCUAUUCAACCAUGUCAGGUGAAACGCUCGCAAACUUGUCCGGCCACAGCGCAUGGGUUACAAGUCUAUCCUUCAACCACAGUGGAGAGUACUUACUCUCAGGUGACUUUGGUGGAAAGGCUAAAGUGUGGUCUGUGGAAACACGUAAUUGUGUUGCUACACAUGGUGAGAGUGAGAAAGGUCUGUGGAGCGUAAGAUGGCUGCCGAAGAAUACAACGCAACGAGAGGGAGCCAUGGGCAGAAGCGAGAUGUUCGCCGUUGCUGGUGUGAGCAGAGGUAUUGCUUUCUAUCGAGAGGCGAGUGGCGGGUGAAAGCCAAGACGUGGUUAAGUAUACAUUUGGAGACUUUCACAAUUGCUGGAAUGCCCCCAUCCUCAGAGACCCUUCCAAAAGGGCGCGAGGUUGAACAAAGAAGGCAUUUUGAUGAAAUACAAUCCGCCCCAAGUGUGGCAAGGGGUGGUGUCUGCACAAGAGAUGCCGCGAAUGCUUUUGAGAAUAGAAACACACGUGCAGCCGAAAGUACAACGCUGGACUUUGAUGACUCAUAUAGUUAUAUUGCAUCAAGUCACUCCAAUUUCAGGCUUUGCAGUCGUUCAUAUCCAAGCAUCCAACUUCGGCAAUCGAGCAGACUGAUACGUGCAAAGUUGAUUAAAAAAGAGAAAGCCAUCAUCCAA